AGAAGCUGUGGAUGCUCCCUCCAUGGAAGUGUUCAAGACUAGAUUGGAUGGGGCUUGGAGCAACCUGGUCUAAUAGGAGGUGUCCCUGUCCAUGGCAGGGGGGUUGGGACUAGAUGAUCUUUAGGUCUCCUCCAACCCAGAUCAUUCUAUGAUUCCAUAACUUUUAUAUCCCUAAGAAAGCUUUUACUUUAAAAUUAUCCUUUAGUUUAGAUCCACCUAAUAGUGAGGCCACUAUAGCAGCAGAACAGUAUGAGUUUUACAACUUAGCAGGAGCACUGGCACUGUCUGCAGCUUCAAAUGGUGGCACUGGUGUGGCUGGUUGCAGCCAGGAGGCUGUGCAGAAGAGGAGGCUUGAGUGCAGGAGCAGUCCUGGAGAAUAAUAAGGUAGAAUAACAAAAGCAGCACUCACACAGUUUUGGAGGUUACUAGGACCCAGAGGCACAUAUGUCUCUUGAGUCAUGCAUUUCACACACAGGAUAUGAUCCCUUGUAUGUUUGUUUUUGUUAUGAUUCAGCUGACUGCAGAGGAGAUUUGCAUGGUUUGGCAUUUCCAAGUCAGCUCACCUAUCAGAAAAGAGAACAGGAACAGAAAUGUCGGGGGGGGCUAGCAUCUCCAUAUUGCUUAAGAACAUCUCAUUUUCAUGUUUUCAUGGUGAAGGGUCCUUCUUUCUGUCCAGGAGGGAAGAGGGCUUGACUUUUGGAGAGCUGUGUGAAUCUCAGGAUACUUUUAUAUGCCUACAAAAGUGGGUUUUAGCCCAGUGAUCUGCAGACAUCCAAAGGCAGCCAGUAAAACAUGCUACCAAAAACCUCCCGUGCACAACCUCCUGCCUGGGGCCGGCAAGGGUGAGUGCCAGUAGCCAAAAGAGCCAGAGCUGACUUCCAGCUCCCUACCCAGUGAAUUGGUCAUGGUUACAUGGGAAAGCUCCAGGUUGGAGAAACAGCCACAGUUUGUUCACACACUGACAGACAGCAGGUCUCUGCCUCCGGAAGCCGGUCUGUAGAUGCAGUGCCGACUGCAGCAAGGUGCUCCUGAGGCUGGGACAGGUCGGGAAGCGGCGCCUGGUGCAGCUGUGCCAUGCGGGAGGCAGCGCAGGUGAGCCCGCAGGUGCGGGAGGCAGCGCAGGUGAGCCCGCAGGUGCUGGUGCGGGAGGCAGCGCAGGUGAGCCCACAGGUGUGGGAGGCAGCGCAGGUGAGCCCGCAGGUGCUGGUGCGGGAGGCAGCACAGGUGAGCCCGCAGGUGCGGAAGGCAGCACAGGUGAGCCCGCAGGUGCUGGUGCGGGAGGCAGCGCAGGUGAGCCCGCAGGUGCUGGUACGGGAGGCAGCGCAGGUGAGCCCGCAGGUGUGGGAGGCAGCGCAGGUGAGCCCGCAGGUGCUGGUGCGGGAGGCAGCGCAGGUGAGCCCGCAGGUGCUGGUGCGGGAGGCAGCGCAGGUGAGCCCGCAGGUGCUGGUGCGGGAGGCAGCGCAGGUGAGCCCGCAGGUGUGGGAGGCAGCGCAGGUGAGCCCGCAGGUGCUGGUGCGGGAGGCAGCGCAGGUGAGCCCGCAGGUGCUGGUGCGGGAGGCAGCGCUCGCGGGGGGGACGCGGCUGCAGCAGCUACUCCCCUGCUCCACCUGCCGCUCCCCGCGCUGCAGCCCGCAGAGAUUCCCGCAGAGGCUCCUUGCACAGCUCAGGGAAACAAGCUCAGCAACAAUCCCCUUCAUUCCGUAGCCGCAGCUUUCACCCCGGAGGCAGGGGUUAUUUCCCCCCAGUGUUUUCUUGUUAGUUUUUUGUCUUUUUUUUAUUAUUAUUACUAUUUUCCUUUUAAUGAAUCAGUCCCUAGGUGAAAAUAAUCCAUUUGUUUAAACCCGCUGUUUAAUGUUGAGCAAACUGCUCUUCUUUUGUCUCUUACUACUUGUUCAUAUUUUGCUAAGAAUCUGCUAUUCUACACAAGCAUUUUAAUAAACUGUUUGUUGUUGUA